CCUCUGUUGCUAUAAAUAUGGGUGCCCUCGCACUCCCAUUCGCUUAACAGAUGCUCUCCUUAAUAUAGCAGUCACUGACUGAAGAGUGGCUGUGAGCUCUCUCUGCUAAUUUCUGUGCGCCCCGGAGAAAAACACGAGAGAGAGAGAACCAGAGAGGAUAAAUGGAGUCGACGAUGGCGAGUACGAAGAUCGUAAGAGGAGCAAUAUGGGUACUGUUAAUGUUAGUAGCAAUGGGGACUUUGAUGAUGUGGAUCAUGAUGCCCACCAAUACCUAUCGCAACCACUGGCUUCUCAGCAUCCGAAAGAAGGCCAACAAUUCAACCUACAUCGGAACCCAAGGUGCUAAGCUCCUGAUUUACACAUUCCCGGUGUUGUUUAUUGCUACCUUGAGCUCUGUCUACCUCCACUUGGGGAAGAAACUCAACGAUUUCCAGAAAAUGGGGAGCGAUGGGAAAAAGGACAUGUUGGCACGGUGGAAGCAACCAGUGCUCGUUAAAGGUCCCCUUGGAAUAGUUUCCUUGUUUGAGUUGAGCUUCUUCGUCAUGUUCAUCGCUCUGCUGGUCUGGUCCUUCUCGACUUACCUCCAUAACAGCUUAUCUACGAUUACCGCGGCAUCCAUCGCAGAGAAUGGCUUGAAAAUCAAAGUGUGGGAAUACAAAUUGGAGACCGCGGGCUUCUGGCUUGGGAUCGUGGGGAACAUAGCGCUAGCAUUUCUGUUCUUUCCGGUCACGAGGGGGUCUUCGGUGCUGCCGCUGUUCGGGCUCACUUCGGAGGCGAGCAUAAAGUACCAUAUAUGGCUAGGCCACAUCGUCAUGACUCUCUUCACAGCUCAUGGUGUCAUCUUCAUCAUUGUCUGGAUUAUCACUCAUCAAUUCUCGGAGAUGAUACAAUGGGAUUUCACCGGGGUUUCAAAUGUGGCCGGGGAGCUGUCACUGUUGGCUGGGCUGGGCCUGUGGUUGACGACAUUCCCGGCAGUGAGAAGAAAGAUGUUCGAGGUCUUCUUCUACACCCACUACCUCUACCUCCUCUUCAUGUUCUUCUUCAUCCUGCACGUCGGCAUCUCUUACUCCUUCAUCAUGCUCCCCGGCUUCUUCCUCUUCCUCAUCGACCGCUACCUCCGCUUCCUCCAAUCCCGUCACCGAGUUUGCCUGCUCUCUGCCCGAGUUCUGCCCUGCGACACUCUGGAGCUUAACUUCUCCAAGAGCCCAGGGUUGAAGUACAAUCCAACAAGCAUCAUGUUCAUGAAUGUGCCGAGCAUAUCAAAGCUGCAAUGGCAUCCUUUCACUAUAAGCUCCAACAGCAACCUGGAACCGGACAGGUUAAGUGUCAUCAUCAAGAGUGAAGGCAGCUGGACUCAGAAGCUCUACCAGAUCCUUUCUUCCCCAUCCUCCGUCGAUCGCCUAGAGGUCUCUGUUGAAGGGCCUUACGGACCUGUCUCCUCCCAUUUCCUCAGGCACGACACGCUUGUGAUGGUGAGCGGAGGAAGUGGCAUUACACCGUUCUUCUCCAUAAUCCGAGAGUUCAUCUACCUAAGCACAAAGCUCAAGUCCAAGACCCCACAACUCAUCCUGAUCUGCGCCUUCAAGAGAUCCUCCGAAUUGACUAUGCUAAACCUCCUCCUCCCCAUCGCUGGCACCCCGUCUGACCUGUCCAACCUCCGGUUACAAAUUGAAGCCUACGUGACCAGAGAGAAAACGCCCACCACAGAAGACUAUUCGAAACACCACAAGACUGUGUGGUUAAAGCCCAGCCCAACAGAUGCACCGGUUUCAGCUAUCUUAGGACCCAACAGCUGGCUCUGGCUUGGAGCCGUCAUCGCGUCCUCCUUCGUGAUGUUCCUUAUAUUGAUGGGGAUCAUUACUCGGUAUUAUAUCUACCCGAUCGAUCGUAACACAAACAAAAACUUCUCCACCUCCACUAAGGCGGUGCUGCACUUUUUGGUCAUGUGCAUAUGCAUAGCAGCAGCAGGCAGCUUGGCAGUACUUUCGAACAAGAGUAGGAACGCCAGGGAUGCUAAGCAGAUUCAGAACUUGAGCUCAACUCCUGCAGGGUCCCCGAGUUUGGGAUUGGACGGCGGUGCUGCAGGGAUGGAGUUGGAGAGUCUACCCCACCAGUCUCUGGUUCAAGGAACCAAUGUGCACUUCGGUGAAAGGCCUGAUCUCAAGAAGAUGCUGUUCGAUUGCAAAGGGUCAAGUGUGGGAGUGCUUGUUUGUGGUCCAAAGAGACUGAGGCACGACGUUGCAGCCAUUUGCUCAUCCGGUUUAGCCGACAAUCUGCACUUCGAGUCGAUUAGCUUCAGCUGGUAAAAUGUGUGCGCUGAAGAGUACUCUUGAUGACCAUAUAUCUCAUGCCUUUCCUUCUUUGCAACAGCAGCCAGAUCGUAUCGAAGCCUCUUGCAAUCUGUUCAGUCGUACAGCUCGAUUUUCCUCAGGAUCGGCCGGUCUGGUUUGUUCGUGGCAGAUCAUUUUAAUUAAUUAUGUGAAUGAAAUAAAGGAGUGUGUAUAAGGCCAGUAUCAAGGGUCACUAAAUUGUUUCUUUACUUCGGGUUGUGUAGUCGGAAGACAUCAAGUCAAUAGUUGAAGCAAAAUACCGUGUAAUAUCAUUCAUAUAAGGGGAAGAAAUUGAAAAGGCCGUGCACUAUGCAUUUGAUUA